UGGUCCAACUUCGCUUACAUUCAAUAUGUGACGAACCCCAGUUAUCUCUGUAACUCGCUCAUGAUCUUCGAAGCGUUGCGGCGUUACAACACGAAGGCAGAACUUUUGAUGAUGUACCCAGAGCAAUGGCAACUUCCCCCAGCUGUCGACUCAGACGCGGAGUACGAGACAAAGCUCUUAGCACAAGCGCGCGAUGUAUACAAGGCCCGCAUGGCGCCGAUCCAGGUCAAAACGUUCGAGAACGAGAAAGAUCCGACGUGGCAGGACAGUUAUACGAAGCUACUGGCUUUCAACCAGACACAGUACAAGCGUGUAAUAUCGAUUGACUCUGAUGGCACCGUUCUCGACCAUAUGGACGAGCUCUUCUCCCUGCCUUCGGCUCCCGUGGCGAUGCCCCGAGCGUACUGGAUGUCGGAAAAUUUCUUCCUAUCCAGCCAGCUCAUUGUCAUUGAGCCCUCGGAGGCAGAAUGGAGACGCGUGGAGUAUGCGAUGGACCACCACGAGGGCCAUGACUACGAUAUGGAUAUCUUGAAUAAGCUGUAUGGGAAGUCAUCCACUGUUAUCCCGCAUCGGCGAUAUGAUCUACUUUCUGGAGAAUUCCACAAUCCAAAGCAUGAUAAUUAUCUCGGGACGCCGAAUGAGAAGUGGGAUCCGAAGAGGGCGCUGGAGGAGGCGAAGUUUGUGCACUUCUCGGACUGGCCAAUGCCGAAGCCAUGGUUGGAGCCACUGCCGGGCAUGGUGGAGAAGAACCAGCCGGAGUGCCGAAUGGUCAACUCGAACACUGAAGAACUGGACUGCGCGGAUCGUGAGGUUUGGCUUGGGAUUCGCGAGGAUUUCACGGCACGAAGG